UGGCGCCUCCACCAGGACAGGAUCCUGGCCACCUGGGUUGGCAGCACACCGCCGGGGUCUGGUCCAGUGGCAGUGAAUGAAUCUCAGGGGAGUGGUGAGCCCCUGGAACGUACCAGGAUCGCUCGUGUGCGUUGCCAGGUGACCGAUCUUGCCGCUGCAACUGAGUGAAGUGACCGCAGGGGAUCCUCCGGCCACUCCCGAGCCACCUUUUAAAUCAGCAGGGGAAGCGCACGAAAGCACGUGACGUCCACCCAUGCGCCAGUGUGUGGUCCGGCCGUAAUGUGUCCUUUAGAGUAAAGGAAGCCCGCCUGUCGUGGCAGCGCCGUCAUUGGAUGCAGCGGCCGUCAAUCACCGGGCUUAUAAAUACGCGAGGCCGGCAGCUCUUGCUUCAGAAAGGUCCGGGAGGCAUCGUGAAGCGUGCGUUUUGCAGCGCGAGUCUUGCAGAGGAGAGACUCUUGGGGUAAUAUCUGACUGUUACUUCAUAUUAACUUAAACAAGAAAAUUUAAAAACCCCUUCCGCCGCCUGCCGAGCCGGUGCCAUGGCGGAAGCCGCGGUGACCGGCGCCAGCGGAGAGGCGAUGGCGGCGCUGGUGGCAGCGGAGGGCCCCAGGGGCCCGGCGGGCUGGUCCCCGGGCCGGGGCUUCGCGAGCUACCGGCCCUUCGAGCCGCAGACAUUGGGCUUCAGCCCGACCUGGCGGCUGACGAGCUUCUCCGGCAUGAAGGGCUGAGGCUGCAAGGUCCCGCAGGAGACUCUGCUCAAACUCCUGGCGGGACUGACGCAGCCGCCCGCGACGCCCUCGCUGGGCCCCAGCCCGGUCGGGGGCCAGGAACCGGCGGCCCAGGAAGCCGGCCUGGCGGCCGGGACGGGCCCCAGCCCAGCCUUGCCCAUCCUGACCAUCGGGCUGGACUCGUGUGUCAUCCCGCUGAGGCACGGGAGCCUGUCGCUGGUGCAGACCACGGACUUCUUCUACCCCUUAGUGGACGAUCCCUACAUGAUGGGGCGCAUAGCAUGUGCCAACGUGCUGAGCGACCUGUACGCCAUGGGCGUUACCGAAUGUGACAACAUGUUGAUGCUGCUCAGUGUGAGCCAGAACAUGAGCGAGGAGGAGCGAGAGAAGGUGACUCCCCUCAUGAUCAAGGGCUUUCGAGAUGCCGCGGAGGAAGGAGGGACCGCGGUGACGGGUGGACAGACGGUGGUCAACCCCUGGAUUAUCAUCGGCGGCGUGGCCACGGUGGUGUGUCAGCCAAACGAGUUCAUAAUGCCGGACAGCGCGGUCGUGGGAGAUGUGCUUGUGCUAACCAAACCCCUGGGGACCCAGGUGGCUGUUAAUGCCCACCUGUGGCUGGAUAACCCGGAAAGAUGGAACAAGAUCAAGAUGGUGGUCUCCAGGGAGGAGGUGGAGCUGGCUUAUCAAGAAGCGAUGUUCAACAUGGCUACGCUCAACAGAACUGCUGCCGGCUUAAUGCACACCUUUAAUGCCCAUGCAGCCACAGACAUCACGGGCUUCGGCAUUCUGGGCCACUCUCAGAACCUGGCGAGACAACAGCGCAAUGAGGUGUCCUUCGUCAUUCACAAUCUGCCCAUCAUCGCCAAGAUGGCCGCCGUCAGCAAGGCCAGCGGGCGCUACGGCCUGCUGCAGGGCACCUCGGCCGAAACCUCCGGAGGUCUGCUGAUUUGUCUGCCCAGGGAACAGGCCGCUCGCUUCUGCUCUGAGAUCAAAUCCUCCAAGUACGGCGAGGGUCACCAAGCUUGGAUCGUGGGCAUUGUGGAGAAGGGCAACCGGACAGCCCGCAUCAUUGACAAACCUCGAGUCAUUGAGGUCCCACCUCGUGGGGCCGCCGCUGCUGCCCCUGCUGCCCCUGCCUUUGCUCCCGACCCUGCCAACGCCUCCGCGGAGCCCAGCGCGUGAGCUGGGCAACGCGGGAUCAUUGGGGUCUCGGAGCCUCCGCCCACAGCUGUGGGUGAUGGACAAGAGUUGGUUUUGAGACUUUUCCAAAGAAGGCUGCCCUUUGUGGGUGAUUCCAGCCCUCCCCUCAACCCCAGAAAAGCUACCUCCCUGUACAUUCCAAGGCCGGGAGAAACAGGUUGAGCUGGGGGGUGGGGAUGGGGAACAGCUAUUUGUUCAUCUCCUGGGGAGAUGAGGAAAAGAAAAACCUGUUUUUCUCUCCAAAGCAACAUAGGGCCUUCCCACUUUGAGGGGUUUUUCUUUGCACUGGAUCGAUAUAUUAGUGCACAGGGAGUGAGGUUAUCACAGCUACAUGCACAUAAAAAUGAAUUGCAAAAUGAAAAACAAAAAUUUCCAUUAAAGUCCAAAGCAAAUGAGCUAUUGGUCAACCUAAAUGCUGUAUCCGAUUUCUCGGCAGCACUGGCUCUUUCCUGUUCUGGAUGAGAAUUGAGCAGCUUGUCCAGUGACUGGGAAAGGAAGGCCCCCCCCCCCGCCCCCGUGGCUUGCUCUCUGAUAAUGACGCCUCUCCCUCUAAACUCCAUUACGGACCUGGGGGAGGCAGAGCGAACCCCAGAGCCCAGGCCUCGGCGGUCUUUAAGAUGUUCCACCUUGUGCUGCAAAUUCCUCGUGAUUCAAUUUCAUGAUCUGGCAUUUCUAGGUAAAUAAAGGGACUUUGUUAACAAAUUAGUCUGGCUAAUGUUUGAGUCUUUGGGACUAAUUCAUACUCUCAGAAUGAGCUGGUUAUUAUCACACUUGGA